GGCCGCCAGCCCUCGCGCCGCGGAAACGCCGGAAACGCCGCCCGCCGGCUCCGCCCACCAGGGGUGGCGCCCUCUAAGCCCCACCCCACCGUCACGGCUAGGGUUCGGGCGGAGUCGACUCCCGCGGAAGCUCGCGGCCGUGGGAAGACACACUCGGAGAGGCGGCUGCUCGCGGACGGCUGGGGACCGACAGGAUGGGCAGCAGCUCGCUGUCCGAGGACUACCGCCUGUGCUUGGAGCGCGAGCUGCGGCGGGGCCGCGCGGGCGUGUGCGGAGACCCCUCGUUGCGCGCAGUGCUCUGGCAGAUCCUGGUGGAGGACUUCGACCUGCACGGGGCGCUGCAGGACGACGCGCUGGCGCUGCUCACCGACGGCCUGUGGGGCCGCGCCGACCUGGCGCCCGCGCUGCGCGGGCUGGCACGGGCCUUCGAGCUGCUGGAGCUGGCGGCCGUACACCUGUACCUGCUGCCCUGGAGGAAGGAGUUCACCACCAUCAAGACCUUCUCGGGGGGCUACGUGCAUGUGCUGAAGGGCGUGCUCUCCGAGGAGCUCCUCAUCCAGAGCUUCCAGAAGAUGGGCUACGUGCGCAGGGACAGCCACCGCCUGAUGGUGACCGCUCUGCCCCCUGCCUGCCAGCUGGUGCAGGUAGCCCUGGGCUGCUUCGCCCUCCGGCUGGAGUGUGAGAUCCUAGGUGAGGUGCUGACCCAGCUGGGCACCAGUGUGCUGCCAGCAGAAGAGCUACUGAGGGCCCGGCGGGCCAGUGGGGAUGUGGCCUCCUGUGUGGCCUGGUUGCAGCAGCGGCUGGCCCAGGACGAGGAGCCACCGCCUCUGCCUCCCCGGGGCACUCCUGCUGCUUACAGGGCCCCGCGGGACCUGUACCGGGACCUUCAGGAAGACGAGGGCUCGGAGGAGGCCAGCCUCUACGGGGAGCCCUCACCAGGUGCAGACUCACCCCCUGUGGAGCUGGCCUACAGGCCACCACUCUGGGAGCAGAGUGCCAAACUGUGGGGCACUGGGGGUGGGGCCUGGGAGCCCCCAGCAGAGGAGCUGCCUCGAGCCAGCAGCCCACCCUAUGGGACCUUGGAGGAGGAGCUGGAGCCUGAGCCCUCUGCCUUCUCUUUCCUUUCACUGCGCCAUGAGCUGAGCCGACCUGGGAACUUGGCUGCUCCUGAAGGCCCUGGGAGCCCAGGGAGGGCCAGUCCUCGACAUGUGCGGGCAGAGGGGGCCUCAGCCUAUGGGCCUGUCCCUGAGCCCCUGAGCUACCAGGCACACAGCUGUCUAGCCCCCGGUGCCCUGCCCACCCUUUGCUGUGACACUUGCCACCAGCUACAUGCUGCCCACUGCACAGCCCUAUCAGCCUGCCGCCCCAGCCACUCACUGCGGGCACUGCUCAGUGAGGCCCAGAGGCGCCUGUGGCUGCAGCGUGCACAGGUGGACACCCUGCUGUACGACAGCCCAGGGGCCCACCCCUAGGCCCAACUGGCUCAGGUCAAGGGUUUUCAGGAAUUUCCAUGGUGCUGCUCUUGGGGAGGGGCCAAGGCCAUUGAAUGCCCUGGUCUCCCUAUCCCUGGGGGAGUCCAGGGAGGUGGGGGUAGAGCCUCCAUGGGAAGCUCCUGCCUGGGGUCAGUACCAGGUCCUCCUCCCCCAGGGACCAGGCUCAGGCCCAGCUGGCAGUAAGCCCUGAGCUGGACUGACACACCUGCCAAUGUGUCCCUGUCCUCCAUGCCCAGUGUACUGAGCGAAGGGUCCCUGUCACCAGUACCCGAACCUGUCCCUGAGAAGGACCCACCCCUUUAAAAUCCCCUCACCUGCUGGCUGGCCCGUAGCUCCUCGUCCAUUCCCUGCAGCCUGUGGUUCAGGACAGCAGGUUGCCCACCCUCCAUGUGGCUUGCUCAGGGUCUGCAGGGCCAAUCUGGGAAGCUGCCAGGUGCCGGCUGAUCUGGUUUGAGGGCCUUGGCCUCCCCACAGUGUCACAGCCAGGGGGUGCUGGCUGGUGGAACCCAGGCAGCUGUGCCACUUCCUACCCAGUGGAGAGAAGGCUCAGCCACCAGCACCCUGCUGCCUCCCAGCAGAAGAGGGGGCAAGUCCUGCAGGCCACCCACUGGACUGCUGUGUCCACUGUGGGUCUGUGCAGCUGCUGCAGACCCCAGAGGGAAAAACCACAGCCUGCUUUCCCUGGAGGCCACCUAGGGCCCCUGAGACCAGGGUCCCCAGGCCGCCAGCCCACCCAGGGAUGGGUAAGUGCAGAGUCUGCCCUGGCCCAGCUUCAGGGGGCAGGUACGGCGAUCUGUGCCCCAUCCUGCUCCUCCUCCCCAGUGCACUCAGAGGACACUGUCCAUGUCACACAAGAAGGAACCCCACAGUGUAUUAAACAAUGGUGAAACCAGG